UUGGUUGAGCGCAGGCUGAUACCAGCUGGGCCCGCGUACUUGGCGCAUGUGCGUAGAGCCGUGCAUAAUCUCUCGUUUGAGGAGCACGACAAGCAUGUAGAGGAAGAGCGGAAGCGAUUUGAGGCGCUGAACGGCAAUGGCAUCAAUGGAGAAGACGAUCUCGGCGUUGGCGAUGAGGAGGAAACCUUAGAACUGCUCACUCUAGAUCCAAAAGAAUGGAAGAACCAAGACCACUACGCCGUCCUUGGCCUCUCUCAUCUUCGAUACCGUGCGACUGAUGCGCAGAUAAAAAUCGCACAUCGGAAAAAGGUGCUCAAGCAUCACCCGGACAAAAAAGCGGGCCUGGCCGGAGACGCGAAUGACGACGCGUUCUUCAAAUGUAUCUCGAAGGCCAUGGACGUACUCACGAACAAGGAGAAGCGCCGUCAAUUCGACUCGGUUGACCCCGAGUUUCAGCGCGUCUUCGACGACGUCCCGACGGCGUCAGAAAUCAAGAACUCAAAGGACCCCAACGCUGCAUUCUUUAAGCACUUCGCGCCCGUAUUCGAGCGCGAGGCGCGCUUCAGCCGGAAACAGCCUGUGCCGCUUCUGGGCCAGUACGCAGACUCGAAGGAGCAGGUCGAGGGCUUCUAUGACUUCUGGUAUAACUUUGAUAGCUGGAGGAGCUUCGAGUAUCUGGAUAAGGAGGUUAACGAGGGUAGCGACAACCGAGAUGACAAGCGGUUCACGGAAAAGAAGAACAAGUCUGAGCGUGCGCGCCGCAAGAAGGAGGAUACUGCACGGCUGCGGAGCAUCGUCGACCUCGCACUGAGCGUCGACCCGCGCAUCAAACGCAUCAAGCAGGAGGAGAAAGAGGCACGCGAAGCGAAGCGUAAGAUCAAGGGCAGCGGCGCAAACACGCCCAUCUCCAAGGCGCAACAAGAGGAGGAGAAGCGUCGCGCGGAAGAAGAGGCGAAGCAG